GUGCACCACACCGGUGCAUGCAAGCCACCCAGCAAACAAUCUGCUCUAUGAAGGGCGAAACCCCGCCCACAUUUUACAUGUGGUUAUUAAAAUAGCUGCUUCUUUCUCUUCCUGUCAUGUCUCAGCAGAAUGAUUUGACUGGAACUGAACUGAAUUCAGACGCCGUCCCGCGAUGACCGCCCCCACAGAAUAAACUUUAAAAGCAACGUUCGUCCAGCAAGUUUGAACUAAGCUUCAGCAUGAGUCGAUGGGAGGAAGAAGACUCGUCAUGUCUCUCUGAAGAAGGUGUGUCGUCAGAGGAAGAGAAUGACAGCUGCACCGGGGAAGAAAAUGAAUACUGUACCGAAGAAGAAAGUCAAAGUUCAUCAGGGGAAGAUAAUGAGAGCUGCGCUGAAGAAGAAAAUGCUGGGUCAUCCAGGGAAGAGAAUGACAGCUGCACUGGGGAAGAAAAUGAAUACUGUACCGAGGAAGAAAGUCAAUGUUCAUCAGGGGAAGAUAAUGAGAGCUGCGCUGAAGAAGAAAAUGAUGGCUCAUCCGGGGAAGAGAAUGACAGCUGCACCGGGGAAGAAAAUGAAUACUGUACCGAGGAAGAAAAUCAAAGUUCAUCAGGGGAAGAUAAUGAGAGCUGCGCUGAAGAAGAAAAUGCUGGGUCAUCCAGGGAAGAGAAUGACAGUUGCACCGGGGAAGAAAAUGAAUACUGUACCGAGGAAGAAAGUCAAUGUUCAUCAGGGGAAGAUAAUGAGAGCUGCGCUGAAGAAGAAAAUGAUGGCUCAUCCGGGGAAGAGAAUGACAGCUGCACCGGGGAAGAAAAUGAAUACUGUACCGAGGAGGAAAGUCAAAGUUCAUCAGGGGAAGAUAAUGAGAGCUGCGCUGAAGAAGGAAAUGCUGGGUCAUCCAGGGAAGAGAAUGACAGCUGCACCGGGGAAGAAAAUGAAUACUGUACCAAGGAAGAAAAUCAAAGUUCAUCAGGGGAAGAUAAUGAGAGCUGCGCUGAAGAAGAAAAUGAUGGCUCAUCCGGGGAAGAGAAUGACAGCUGCACCGGGGAAGAAAAUGAAUACUGUACCGAGGAAGAAAAUCAAAGCUCAUCUGGGGAAGACAAUGAAAGCUGCACAGAGGAAGACACUGAAAGCUGCACAAAGAAAGACAGUGAAAGCAGCAAUGAGGAAGACCAUGAAAGCAGCGAUGAGGAAGACCAUGAAAGCAGUGACGAAGAAGACCAUGAAAGCAGCGGUGAGGACGACAAUGAAAGCUGCAACGAGGAAGUGAAAGAAAGCCAUUCAUCAGAGGAUGAUCCUUCACUUUGGAGCAACAGAAACCCAGUUCCCAAGACCCCCUACGUGAUGUACCAUGGGACCACAAGGAAGGCUGCUCUAUCCAUCAUCAAGAAAGGAUUCAGACCGUCGGCAGACGGCAUGCUGGGCCAAGGGGUUUACGUCAGCCGAGACUUCGAGAAAGCCAGCCGGUACCCACAUGGGACCCCAGAGAGGAAAAACGCUGUCCUGAAGCUUCGUGUCAACGUCGGCAGGGUUAAGAAGAUAGACAGGCAGGGGCACCCCAUGCAGAAGACCUGGCACCACCAUGGCUACGACUCUGCCUGGGUCCCUCCCAACUGCAGGAUGGUAGCGAGCGGGCUGGAGGAAGACUGCAUCUGGGACCCCGACAGGAUCACAGUGACGGAAGUUAUCCUGCCUGACAACUAUUCUGAACCCAAAGAUUGGAGGACCUAUGUGAUGUACCAUGGAACAUCACAGGAUGGUGCCAGGCUAAUCCAAAGGCAUGGAUUCAAACAGUCAGAUGGCGGCAUGCUGGGGCGGGGGGUCUAUGUCAGCCGAGACUAUAACAAGGCCAGCCGGUACCCACUCAAGUAUCCAGAGAGAGAAAAGAGGGUCCUGAAGCUGAGGGUCAACGUCGGCAGGGUUAAGAAAAUAGACAGGCAGGGGCACCCCAUGCAGAAGACCUGGCACCACCACGGCUACGACUCUGCCUGGGUCCCUCCCAACUGUGGGAUGGUAAAAAGCGGGCUGGAGGAAGACUGCAUCUGGGACCCCGACAGGAUCACCAUUACAGAGGUUAUGAAUUGCCCUCCCUGUACCUAUAGAGAGGAGACAGACUGCUGUAAGAUUGUUUGCAAGAUGUUUUUUUUCAUGUUCUUAGUCUUCUUAGUCAUGUUCAUUUUAUAUAUUAUUACUAAAAAUAAAAAUCAUUCCACUGCCAGGUUUGAAAGCAUCGCUCUCCUAAACUGCAGGAUGAACAUGUGGGCUGAAGAAGAUUCCCCCUUUUUUGUUGAAGCUUGCCUUCAGAGUUACGCAGAACCUGUAGAGGGGAAGCUCUACACCAUGUACCAUGGAACCACAAAGGAGGCUGCUGAAAACAUCAAGAGAUGCGGAUUCAGUCAGUCAGCUGAUGGCAUGCUGGGGAGGGGGGUUUAUGUCAGCCGAGACUUCAACAAGGCCAGCCGGUACCCACUCAACCAUCCAGAUAAAGAAAGGAGGGUCCUGAAAUUGAGGGUCAACGUCGGCAAGGUUAAGAAGAUAGACAGGCAGAGGCACCCCAUGCAGAAGACCUGGCACGACCACGGCUACGACACUGCCUGGGUCCCUCCCAACUGCGGGAUGGUACCGAGCGGGCUGGAGGAAGACUGCAUCUGGGACCCCAACAGGAUCAAAGUAAUGGAGGUUAUGAAACCUAAGAAUGAGACUUGCCUUCAGAGUUACGCAGAACCUGUAGAGGGGAAGCUCUACACCAUGUACCAUGGAACCACAAAGGAGGCUGCUGAAAACAUCAAGAGAUGCGGAUUCAGUCAGUCAGCUGAUGGCAUGCUGGGGAGGGGGGUUUAUGUCAGCCGAGACUUCAACAAGGCCAGCCGGUACCCACUCAACCAUCCAGAUAAAGAAAGGAGGGUCCUGAAAUUGAGGGUCAACGUCGGCAAGGUUAAGAAGAUAGACAGGCAGAGGCACCCCAUGCAGAAGACCUGGCACGACCACUGCUACGACACUGCCUGGGUCCCUCCCAACUGCGGGAUGGUACCGAGCGGGCUGGAGGAAGACUGCAUCUGGGACCCCAACAGGAUCAAAGUAAUGGAGGUUAUGAAACCUAAGAAUGAGAGUUCUCCUCAGACACCCAAAUUUGGCUACGCUGCUUAUAGAUACUGAGAUUUGACAUGUAAAUGUAACUAACAAUUGAUUUGUUAUAACAAUAAAUAAAUAAAAGCAAAUGAAUAAAGGUUUUGAAUUCCCAUA